UGGGGAUACGUUCUUUACGCACUCAGGAAGCCUUUACGUCACUGGCGCAGUUCGUCGGCCAACAGGGAAACACAUCCACGCGUGGUCGCCGACAGGUUGCAUCAUCUUUUGUUCCGGGAUGGUGAGGCAGCAGAUUACACAGCACUAAACGGGUCAUUGCUGUCUGGAGAUGGGACUGCAAGUUCUGCUGUACUGGCCAAACAUUAUUGGAUAUAUCAGGAUCGGCCUUUUGUUUGCUGCCUGGACAAGCUACAAGAGCCCAGCUGCCUUCACCCCCCUGUAUUCAGUUUCCAUCGCACUAGAUGGAGUUGACGGCUGGCUGGCCAGGAGGCUGGGUCAGUGCUCCAGGUUUGGGGCCUGGAUGGACGUGGUGGUGGACAACCUGAGCAGAGGCAUGCUAUGGAGUCUGCUGUUUGAGUGGGGCUGGUUGGUGUCCGCAGUGGAGUGGUGUGUGUUUGUUUGUAACCACGGUGCGAGAGGUGCCCAGUGGAAGAACAGUUUCACAACCAGUCCUCGAUUUGUACAAGCUGUCAUGGCGAACGGGUUUCGGACUCCUCUUGGCACAUGGGUUAUAAGCGGGUUUCACUGCCUGCCAUUGUGGCUGUAUGGGUACCAGUGGGGCUUACUGUCCCGCUGCCUACACCUGCCGCCCUGGAUCCAGGCUCUGGGGACUCUGGUGCUGGCAGCUGGCCGGCUGCUGGGCCUCUCAGUGGAGAUGUGGUGUAUAUGGACGCACAUUAAAUACCUCUGCAGUGACGAGUCAGAAGAGAAGAAGAGCUAGCCGUGCAACAGCCAGCUGAUGCUGUUCAGUCUGCCAACUCGGACUCCGCUCCACUGCCCUCUAUGAGUAGUGGGGAUCUUAGUUCACUUUCCUUCUGUGCUGAAAACGCUAAAGUUCAAGGCUGGCUUACAAUCAUAGGGGACAGUGUGGUAAAAUGAGCCCUGUUGAACAUCCAUGGAAAUUAAAUUCUCACUUUUAGAGGUACGACAAGCAAAGAAGGUGGUGUUUCAGUGCACUUUGACCAAACACCAGUGGCACAUUUGACCCCACAGCCCAAAGUUUAUGGUCUUUAUUGUAUCUUACACAGCGUAAACGAACAUGUAGUGGCUCAGUUUACCCCCCUCUCCCCUUCUACCAGAACACUGUCCUGGUGGGCUUGAACACUAUCGAGUUUAUUUUAUUAUCAUUAGGUGUCUUCUUCUGCAGCUCAAAUUGUCAUGAGCUGGAACGAGCUACAGACAUGAAACCGCAGAAGUAAAAACUUAACAAAAAUAAUGACUGCAGUCGGCCAGAUGGUGGCACUUUAAUUCACAUUCAAAUAAAACAAACUUUGAAAUUCGGUCAGGACACCCACACCGCAAGUCAAAUUGACUUGAAAUGUCACACACAUAUCCAGCUGAGUGUGCUCUACAAAAAAGCCAAUUGGACCAUAAAAAUCUGUAUGAUGGAUUGUUUGCUAAUUUGCGUAAACUGAAAAACACUAGGUGACAUGUGACAGGAUCUUUGUGGAUUUUAACUUGUUUGAACACCAAAUUUGGUAAACAGCCUCGGGGGACUGAGGUACACAAUUCUACUAUAUAUGACCAAGAUCAGUCCAUAAACAUGGCCGCUUUUGAUCGAAAAACUCUGCAAAAGGAGGAUUUUUGUAGGAAAUUGGCCGUAACUCAUUAGUUUAUUGAGUCAACAUGACACUUUACACAUAUGUUGAGGAGCACAUCACCUUUAGGGGGCACCACAAAUGUCGUCAGCUGCACGGAUUUGUAUGAAAUGCAGUUUGCUCUGUUUAGGGUCAUGACUCAAUUGCAUAAAAUCUGGUAAUGAUGGGGGAAAAUCGAUCUUCGAGAAAUCACGCAGUGCAGUCCUGAAGGCAUCUUCAGUGGGGAUCUGAAGUCGAGGGUUCAAUUCCUAGGUGGCCAAGUCAUACAUGCCAACAAUGUGGCAGUUCAUGUAUGUGGUGUGUUUUCAUGUGGCUCUUGAGGUCGUAUGAAGUCAAAGAAUGUAUUUUUGUUUUCCCCUACAUACAUUGUGAUGACAAAACCAGUGUGUGCUUGGUCUCGCUCCUGUAAACACAAUCGAACGAGCUGAAGUGACUUUGAUUCGUUUUGUGAAGCUUGACAGCCUGAAUCUGCAAACUGCCAAUUGUGCCUAUAUUUUAAUAUUUAUCUGCUAUCUUUUUAUUGAACACUAUGAUAGGCCAAUGUUUCUGGACCUUUCUGCUUUUGAUCAUUCAUUAAUUUAUUUAUUUUUAAAUGAAAUCAGCGACCAAAGGGAAGAGAUGUAAAUGGAAAGGCC